ACUCCUUUUUUCCCCCGAAGCAAAGAAGAGGGGAAUAGAGAAAGAAAGAGCGAGAGAGAGAUAGAGAGAGAGAGAGAGUAGAACCCCUCCGGCGGGAAAACGGCCAAAAUUUAGCACCCACCCAAACCCUACCCUAGCGGUCCCCUCUCCAAUCGUAAAUUUUGAAACCCUAGCUCUCCUUCCCUCCCCAUUCUCCACCUCCCCCUCUCCGAUAUCCCCCAUGGCGCUCGCCAUUGGGGGGUUCGUCCAUGAGGAGGAGGAGGUGGACCACCCCAUGCGUUACCUCCCCCUCGGCCGCGUCUACUCCUCCACCGCCCCCUUCGCGAGCCCCUCCCGAUCGUCCAACGCCAUCGCCAGGAAGGUCAGGGCGCGGAGGCCCGACGCCGCGCUCGGAGGCAGAGACGGAGAUGGAGACGGAGACGGAGACGGAGGCGGCGGCGGCGGCGGCGGCAAUGGACGGGAUGAGGUUAAGGAGGAGGCGGGGGAGGAGAGCGGCUGCGAGAAGGAGCCGUUUGAUGUUGAUGAUUCAGGCCGUGGUGUUGCCGAGAAGCCCAUCUUGGUUUAUUACCGCCGGAGGAAGAAGAAGGCCUGCGUGGAAGUGCCUCCGCGGCCCGGAGGCAGUGGAGAUGGGGAGCAGGCUUGCGCCAAUUCAGUUGGGGAUGAUCCGGUUGUGAUCAGAAGGAAUGUGGCAAAUUAUGAGCUGCUGAGAUUGGGUGCCGGGUCGGGAUGCGCAAAUGGGGUCAGUUUGCGGAGAUUGCGGGGCAGCAGCGAGGUCAAAAGGAACAACAUUGCCGGAGUGAAGAGAAAGGAGCGCGGCGUGGUGAAGGGUUCUUUGUGGACGGGGAAGAAAUGGGUUGAAUUGGAAAUUGAAGGGGCCGAUCCUAAUGCAUUUGUUGGCCUCGCAUGCAAGGUUUUCUGGCCAAUGGAUGAUGACUGGUAUAAAGGUUCAGUGGUUGGUUACAAUGUAGCGACAAAACAGCACUGUGUAGAAUACAAUGAUGGUGAUACUGAGGUUAUAGUUCUCUCUGAUGAGAGGAUCAAAUUUCAUAUUACUUAUGAUGAAUUGCUGUGCUUAAAUUUGAAAUGUGGUGUCCCCAAUUUUGAGAAGAAAGGAUAUAAUGAAUUGCUGGCGCUGGCUGUUAGUUUGCGUGACUACCAAAAUUGUGAGCCGGGGGAUCUUAUUUGGGCAAAGCUUACAGGACAUGCUAUGUGGCCGGCUGUUGUUAUGGAUGAGUCAAAUGUUGGUGCGAGGGGGGUUUUGAAGCUAGCUCGGGUAGAUCAAUCAGUUCUUGUACAAUUUUUUGGAACGCAUGAUUUUGCAAGGAUUAGGUCGAAAUAUGCAAUUCCAUUUCUCAACGGUCUGCUUUCCUCUUUGCAUUUGAAGUGCAAGCAAGCACGGUUUUAUCGAAGCUUAGAUGAAGCAAAAAUGUAUCUCAGCACACAACAGCUUCCCAAGAACAUGCUGCAGCUGCAGAAAAGUAUAGGUUCAGAUGAAUGCAGGGUUAAAACUGGAGAUGAUGGAAUAGACUCUUGUGAUGAUACAUUGGAAGAUGAUUCAUUGCAGCAAACCUUGGAUUGUGUGCAAAUGCCUCCAAUCGAAAUGGGGAAUCUUCGUGUAACUUCUCUAGGUAAUUUGACCAAAAGAAACGAUCAUUUUCAUAACAAAAAGAACAUAUGACCUGAAGGUUAUACCGCUUUUAGGAAGUUUACAUCGAUAAAAGAUCCAAAUCUUCUAAUGUCGUAUAAGAUGGAAGUUCUAAGAAACCCCCAAUUGAAAACUCGGCCUAUGUUUAGAGUUACAACAGAAGAUGGAGAGCAGAUUGAUGGGUCUACUCCAAGUACUUGUUGGAAGGAGAUCUAUAGUAGAAUAAAGGAAACAAAGUGUAACAAUGUUCAUGCUGAAGUGGGAGGAAGAGAGGUUCAAAAAUCUGGCUCUUACAUGUUUGGCUUAUCAAAUCCGCAAAUAUGCCAACUUAUUCAGGAAUUGCCUAAUUCUAGGUUGUGUACGAAGUACUUUGAGAGUUGUGGAGAUCUUCCUGCUGGUUAUAGAGCUGUUCAUAUUAACUGGAAAGAUCUGGACAGAUGCAAUGUCUGUGACAUGGAUGAGGAGUAUGAAGACAAUCUAUUCCUGCAGUGCGAUAAAUGCUGCAUGAUGGUUCAUGCUAGAUGCUAUGGUGAACUUGAACCCUUGAAUGGGGUGCUCUGGCUUUGCAACCUGUGUCGGUCUGGGGCACCAAAAUCCCCCCCACGAUGUUCUCUUUGCCCUAUUAGUGGUGGUGCUAUGAAACCUACGACUGACGGGGGCUGGGCUCACCUGGCUUGCGCUAUUUGGAUUCCUGAAACUUGCUUGAUAGAUGUAAAACGAAUGGAGCCCAUUGAUGGGAUAAGCCGAAUCAGCAAGGAUCGGUGGAAACUUCUAUGCAGCAUUUGUGGGGUUUCUUAUGGGGCUUGCAUUCAGUGCUCUCAUCAUACCUGCCGUGUGGCUUAUCAUCCUCUCUGUGCGCGUGCUGCUGGUCUUUGUGUUGAGCCAGAAGAUGAUGACCAAAUCCGCCUUAUGUCUCUUGAUGAAGAUGAUGGCCAAUGUAUCCGUCUACUCUCUUUCUGCAAGAAGCAUAGGCAGCCGUCUAAUGAACGGCCUCCUGCCGAUGAGAGCCUCAUGAAACCUGCUAAAGUUGGUUCUAGUCAUACAUAUUCGUCAAACCCAUCUGGCUGUGCAAGAAGCGAACCUUAUAGUUAUAUCGGGAGGAGGGGUCAGAAGCAACCACAGGAUCUGGCUGCUGCAUCAUUAAAACGUUUGUUUGUCGAGAAUAGGCCUUAUCUAGUUGGUGGCUAUCGGCAAAAUAACGUUGGCUGUAGUUCUUCUACUAAUGAGUCUCUGCAUAAUAGUGGUUCGUCAGAUACUCCACAACAGGAGACAGGGAAUAUAUCUUCCAUGGCUGAGAAGUACAGAAACAUGAAGGCAACAUUUAGGAAGAGACUUGCGUUUGGAAAAUCAAGAAUUCAUGGAUUUGGUGUUUUUGCUAAGCUUGCACACAAGGCAGGUGACAUGGUUAUUGAAUAUAUAGGCGAACUUGUUAGGCCACAAAUAGCAGACAUAAGGGAAAAAUGCAUAUACAACUCUUUAGUGGGUGCCGGGACUUAUAUGUUUAGGAUAGACGAUGAGCGCGUCAUUGAUGCUACUAGAGCAGGAAGCAUAGCUCAUUUGAUCAACCACUCGUGCGAACCUAAUUGUUAUUCAAGAGUGAUAACUGUCAACGGUGAUGAGCAUAUUAUUAUAUUUGCGAAACGGGACAUUAACCAGUGGGAGGAGUUGACCUAUGAUUAUAGAUUUUUUUCUCUCGAUGAAGAGCUUUCAUGCUACUGUGGAUUCCCGAAAUGCCGGGGAGUCGUUAACGAUACUGAAGCAGAAGAACAAGAGGCCAAAAUUAGGGUGUGUCGAAGUGAUUUAGACCAUUGGAGAGGCGAAUAAGGGUUAGUAUAUGGAGCCAUCCUUUGCCUUAUGUAGAUUAUUUUACUUUUAUUAUUAUUAGUAGGUGUAUCUCUUGGAUGAAUAUCCAGGACAAUUUUGGACUCGGAGAUUUUUCAAUGUUCUGAUACUUUCAUAAACAUUUGGAUUUUCUGGAA